GCGUGUGGUGUAAUAGCACCCAUUGACUAGAGUGGCCGCGAUCCUUACGACCGCCGCGGCCGUAACACGACGCAGACGCUCCUGGUGUGUUUUGGGGGUUAGACCGUCGUAAUAAAUAGAUGGCUGCCACCAGAAGGGACCACUGGCAGCCGACAUCUAACUCCAGAUUGUGCAGUCAACACUUGGUUUCCGGAAGAAAAAAUGACAACCCCAUGAGCCCUGACUACAUCCCCAGCCUGUUUGCGCACACGUCAGCUGGACAGCUGCAGAGAAGCAUCUAUGCCACCAGCAGAUUUGAGCAUACUCAGCAGAUGAAAAGGAAACGGACUGAGACUUUGGUUCCUGAUAGUGACCAUGAGACUGUGGCACCUUCCAGCACCAGUGAUGCCACUGGGCUUGACAUCACCUUAGUUGAACAGGUAGAAUGUGUGAAAGAUGACCACAGUUACUCUCAAGCCAUUCUUAGCUCAGGUAUUGUGGAGCCAUGCUCAAAUGCAGCCUGCCAAGCUACAGUCAAGGCAUUGACAAACGAGUGUGCACUAUUAAGAGCUGAGGUUAAUUGCCUUAAGGACAAAGUUAAUGUGCUGUCUUUCAAUGAAGAAGCCUUCAAAGGAAAUAAUGAACUAACAGGCCUACCAAGCUAUGCUAAAAUGAUGGUUGUUUUUGGCUUCCUGUCUGGGUUUGUGAAAGCCGGUCCAAGACUGACUCCCUUUCAUAGCUUUAUAUUAACAUUGAUGAGAAUGAGGCUUAACUUACCUUUAUAUUUUUUUGUUUAUCUUUUUCAUAUGUCUAAGAGCAGUGUUGUCAGAAUGUUCAACAAUACUUUAGAUGUCAUGUAUGUCAGACUGUCACCACUUAUAUUUUGGCCCUCAAAAGAUCAAAUUCAGGUUAGUCUGCCCAUGUGUUUCAGGGAUAAUUUUAGCAACUGCACUUCCAGCAUUGACUGUUUUGAAAUGUGUGUAGAGAAGCCAAAGAAUGUAAGGGCACGUGCACAAACAUACUCCUGUUACAAGCACCACAACACUGUCAAAUAUCUCAUUUCUAUAACACCACAGGGUGUCAAAGGGCUUGACGCACAAGCGACAAGUACAUUACAGAAAACUGCUCAUAUCUUGAGAAAUGAUCACCAGGAGAUGUUGUUCUUGCUGAUAGAGGCUUCAAUGUGAAAGACACGGUGGGACUGUAUAAUGCACAGUUGAAAAUACCAGCAUUCACCAAAGGCAAGCAGCAGCUGCAUCCACUGGAACUUGAAUCCACAAGGGGACUCGCUGCCGUCAGGAUCCAUGUGGAAAGAGUCAUUGGCCUGGUCAGGAACAAAUCCACCAUCCUUCAGAGCACCAUCCCGCUGUCUCUUUGCCAAGCAGCCACUCAAGGACAACCUACUUCCCUUGACAAGAUGGUAGCAGUUUGCUGUGCUCUUUAUAAUGUCUGCCCAUCUGUGGUACCCACAGAAUAGAUAGAUACUAUUUGUAAGUCGCUUUUGAUAAAAGCGUCAGCUAAAUGAAACAAAAUGCUUAUUGUGUAUUCCCUUUUCUAUG